CAAAAUCAUAACAAAGUUCGCACGAAUACACGCAGUCGAACAGUCAGGCGAUAAAUUCAUUCACAAAGGAGAUCAUGAAGAGCGUUUCAGGGAGAAAAUUAGCCCCCAAGUCGCUGGCGCCCAAGCCUGUGGCAUCGAGGCCGAACCCCGUGCCUUCACCGAGCGACGCUGAUCAGAGAAGACUGCGCAAACUCAAAGUGUUCCUUAAAAGCGUCUCCUACAACGGUAGCGAGGGAAUGAAAUUCGAGACUCUUAACGACCUCUACUGCGACCACCUGUUGAUCGACCGACCUCCCUGUACCGACCUCCCCUCCCUCCCCGAGUUCAAGUGCAACCCGACACCUUUUGUCGUCGCUAGCUGCUUCAACCGGACUCAGGUUACAAAGAGCGCAAGAAACUCAAGAAGAGCCCCGUACCCAAGGAACACACACCGACGGCCCCCGGCCUCGAGAAAACAGACCUCCUCAGCCAACCAGAAUACCACGCCCACUAAAUCUACCAAUAUCGUACUUCGUCCACAUCCGGGCCAUGCAGAAGGUGUUAGGCCUAGGCCCUUAGAGCUCACAUGUACACAGGGAUCCCAUCAAAAAUCGAAGGUCACAUGUACACAGGGAUCCUACAAUAAAUCCACGGAUAGCAACGAGGCUCUUGGUAGGAAAGUUUGUUUAACCACAGAAUUCUCAAGUAAAGAUAUCACUAUGAUAAAACCCAAACUUCCCGUUGACGUAGCACCUGCGAAGGUCUCAUCCAAACCGCAGCCGGUAGACGAGGUCAGGGACGCGAGAAAUGCUCGCGAAAGGGACGCGGCAUCUAAUACAGCUAGCCACAGAGAGAAAACAAUAACUGAUGAGUCUGGGGCAUCCAGAUCUCCACUUGCGACCCGUGAUGAGAGCACGUCCAGACCGCGAGAAGAGGACGCGGUAAAGCACAGUGCGACCGUGAUCGAGGACGCGGUAAAGCACAGUUCGACCGUGAUCGAGGACGCGGUGAAGCACAGUGCGACCGUGAUCGAGGACGCGGUAAAGCACAGUGCGACCGUGGUCGGGGACGCGGUAAAGCGCAGUGCGACCGUGAUUGAGAGACCCCCAAAAGGAAAGACAAGCAAUCCGCUAGUAAAUAAAACAUGUGAGCAACACGAGGCCAAACUGCAGGAUGUAAAGGCAACUGAAGAAAAAAUGAUUGAAUCGAAAAACAUCGGAGCGACAUGCAAUAGCGAAGAAAUGAGCAAAGCUAACAAGUCUCCCGCGUGUGAUUCGAGUGAAAAAGACGAACAGGAACUAAAUGUUGCAACACGACAGGACAAAGCAAUCAGAGCACAAGGUAAUGGCGAAUAUUCCAAAGAAACUGAGCUACAAAACGCAAGUGCUCGUCGUGUAAACGGACCAACUGAGUCAGAGAAAUCACGUGCAGAUCAUGUGAGCAAACCAGCUGAGGCAGAGAAAUCACGUGCAGAUCAUGUGAGCAAACCAGCUGAGGCAGAGACAUCACGUGCAGAUCAUGUUAGCAAACCAGUUGAGGCAGAAAAAUCACGUGCAGAUCAUGUGAGCAAACCAGCUGAGGCAGAGAAAUCACGUGCAGAUCAUGUUAGCAAACCAGCUGAGGCAGAAAAAUCACGUGCAGAUCAUGUGAGUAAACCAGCUGAGGCAGAGAAAUCACGUGCAGAUCAUGUGAGCAAACCAGAUGAGGCAGAGAAAUCACGUGCAGAUCAUGUGAGCAAACCAGCUGAACCAAAAAAAUCACGUGCAGAUCAUGUUAGCAAAUCAGCUGAGGCAGAAAAAUCAUGUGCUGAUCAUUUGAGCAAACCAGCUGAGCCAGAAAAGUCACGUGCUAGUCAAGCAAAAACUCCCCCUAAGUCAGAAAGGACUGGUGAUGAUUAUGUGAACAUCAGGUCUAAGCCAAAGAUGGCGAUUGCUCAACAUGUGGACAAACUUGAUGCAAAUCUUAUGUGUUCACUAACAAAUACUUCUAGUCCCGAAACGAGGCAACAGAAUGCUGACAAAAUAACAAACCAAUCAAAAGCGGACAAUAAGCGCAGCAAAAUUGAGAAACUAUCAGACAAGAUCAAUCCGGGUGGUACUGCCUCGGCGGUACGAUAUUCGGGAGGUACUGAUCAGAGCACAGAGGUUCGACUUUGCCAAUCGAGAAUCGCGCAAGAUGCACAGAGAUCUUCAUUUUCUCGUGGACCGAGUGAAAGGGACGCAGUUAACGCUGUUAAAAGCGGAAAUGAGACAGAACAUUCGAGUAUCACUCUCACUCGCGAUGGACAUGAGGAUGAAACGUGUGGGGUGGUUAUUGGUGGGCCUGUCCCACUUACCAGGGGCGUGGCAGAAGGGCGUGGUCAUGACAAGAAAUGGGUGAAAGGAGAGGGAAGAUGUGUUGCGGAGUCCAACGAGGGGAGCGGUCAUGCGAGCGAACACGAGAAAGCAAGUUCACUCAGCCAGGAGAAAGGAAGAACUAAGAAGACAGGAAGAGAGAAAUCAGAAAGAGUUGAAACAAAUCCUGAAGAAACAAGAAGGGGAGAGAGAAGUAGAAAAGGCACAGAUAAAGGAGUAAAAAACAAAUCUGAUAAGGCUGGGGAAGGACAAGACAAACCGACAGACGCUGUAAGGGGAGAGUCUAGGGACCCCCCGCGAAGAGUGACAAGGUCACGUGCUACAAGGAACGUGGGGGGUCGCGUCACUAAGAUCCGUCCACGGAGGAGACGAUGACGUAACCUCUAUUCAACGGGCACCCUUGAGACCGAAAGAAGUAAAAGUAUCGGUUAUAUACAGGGUCUCAAGUCUAAGAGAAUUUUGUUUUCUCUGCGCUCAAACGAAACAGUUUUCAAUCGUUUUGCUUACAAUUUUCAAUCCCCACUAUAUUUUAUUUUAUUUUUGCCUUUUGCGCAAUUAAGGGAUAGUUAUAUAUAUAAAAAAAGAACAGGCCUUAAGUUAACCGUGUUAUAUUUCUCAAAUAAAUAUUCUAUAUUUCUACACUCAA